AUGUCCCUCAUUGGGGAAUAUCCAUGUAGUAAUGCCACUGUUCCGACUGUUCUCUCAUUCACAACCGCCUCCAUCUCCGCACUAAUUAGUAUUGUCGCUAUCGUCGGAAACUCACUCGUUCUACUCGCCGUCUUUUUGGAUCCCUACAAAAAUCUCCGAUCGCCAUUCAACUAUUUCGUUGCGAACUUGGCAUUUGCAGACCUUCUGGUUGGAAUCGGUAUCGCCCCUAUGUCGGUAAUGUACCAUGUAUCCGAAGGACUCAAGAGCCGUUUGAAACCGGAGAUCCACGAGGAUUUAUUCUUCUCGUACUUCACUGUGUGCAAUGCAUCUCUUUUCGGCUUGAUCAUUUUGGGAGUUGAUCGGUAUGUAUCUGUCUCGUAUCCAUUGUUUUAUAUGGUCAGGCUGGAUCGUUGGAAAGCGUUUCUUAUAUCUGCCAUCGCUUGGGUCAUCUCUGCAUUGCUAUCGUUGAUGUACUUCCAAUUUGGGUUGAAUAUUUAUCGAUUCGUUUUUGCCAACGUUGCCAUUAUCGUGACGUUUGCGGUUCUUAUUGCCACCAAUGCAAAAAUCCUCAGAAUAUUUCAAGAGCAAGCUAGAAGAUGGGAAGAUCUACACGACAGCACCGAGGAGAAUAUUGCUAAGAAAAGAGCUUUGGAAUGGGAGAAGAAGAUGACUAAAGCUCUUGUGAUCGUGCUGGUGGUAUUUCUGGCUUGCUUCCUUCCAUCGUGUGUGUGUAUUUACAUUAUAAACUUGUGUAGUACAUGCAAUUGUGUGUUUAUCAACUGGAUUCGGGAUGUUCAACUUUAUCUUGUGAUGGCUAAUUCAGGGAUAAAUCCAAUUGUGUAUCCCUGUAGAAUGCAAAAUUACCGGCUAGCCAUCAAGGGAAUUCUCUCGUGUGAGUUCCGCAGAGGACAACUUAUGAGGAAUGUUUCAGAGAGUCGCAUAAUAACGGCCACCACGGAAGUGUCUUGA